CACAAGGGUUACCCUUCUUGCUUGUAAACAGGGCCUAAGAAACACAGUUGGGCCAGAUUUGUUCCAGGUUGCAUGAUGGGUUCCACGCGGGCUAACGAGUUGUACAGGCCAGCAUUAAGGCGAAAAAAAAUACCGACUCAAAUACAGCAUGAUGAGACCAUUAUUUUCUCUUGUUCUAAUUUCGGUGUGUUUUAGGACAUUCUGCGAACUUCGAUCCUUUAAAAUUUUGACGCGCGUUUCCACAGCCUCAGUGAACUUACUGUCAGCUGUUCAGUUCCAUAUCACGCGCUUAUUUAGCGUGCAGAACAGGCCAGGAGUCAAUCACUUGACGAGCGUGUGCUCAGAAUUUCUCUCGUCCCCUCCCCCUCACCCGGUCCACUUCAAACCCCAAUAAAACAAAGCCGGUCAAAUGACCGCCGCAUUUUUCGCUUUUUCUGUUUUGAUAGAAGAAACGUCCUUUGAUCCACUUCUGGUUCAGUCACAUGCAUUCUAAACUCGUGAUCACCUGUAACAUCACAAGAUAUAGUUAUGAUUAUUGUGAGUUACUUGUACACGAUUUGCCUUUGUCAUCAUGUGACCAUGUGGUGUGAUCCUUUCUAAAACAACACUUAAAAAGAAAACCUCCCAAAAAUAAAAGCAUUCUCAUGAUAACGUCAGAGGGGUAUUUAUAUUUUUGCUUUUUUUGCCUGCCUAUUUUGAGAACCGAGUGAAAUUUCGUCCGGAUAUGACUUUUACCGCCAUUUCUCCAAACUGCUUUAAACGAUGAAUCACAUUUCACAGGAACCUCGCUUGCUUAAAGAAAGUUACUGCGUUAAUCAGCCAUGGAAAAAUCAGCCAUGGUCAAGAAUCGAGAUGUAAAUCGAUCAAAGAGCAACGAUAAGGACUGCACUAUCGAAGGCAAUAUCUGAGUCUUCUUCGAGGAUAAGAGAAAGGAAGAAAUCCGAUCCACAAUUCUUUUUUCAUCAUGUGUGAUAAAGAUGCAGGUGACAGGCCAAGCAACUGCUCUUGUCCGUGUAAGAAGUUGCAAAAGUGUUAUUCUCAUGAAGCGAUCAUUGAUGAACCUAGCAGUAUUGAAAAUUUGGCUCCAAGCAGAAGAGUGCUUAAGAGUUGUGAUAAAGGUCAAGCUUAUUUGAAAGCUUCCUUAAGUCGAGUUAUGCAAACUAUGCUAGUGUCUUUGGAGGGUUCUGAAGCCCACUUCAUUUUUCUGUCUUCUCAAGGUGAUUCUCCUGAUGAAUUGAAUAUUCUCCAUUUCUUAAUUUCCCUGGCUUCAGACACAGCUUACUUGGAAGAGAUAGCAAAGGGCUUUGACAAUUAUCCUGGUGAUGGUAAUUUGAUGAACAAUGUGGGAGUGAUGUUAACCCGGAGGGUGAAGUACAACCUUAGCGAGAAAUGCUUUUUAAGAACAUUACAUUACUUUCGGGAUAAAGAGGAUCAUCUGGGCAUUGCUGUUGUUACUGUGAACUUAGCAGUCUUCCAUAUGAUCUGUGGAGACUUUAAGAAGGCUCAGUCUUAUUGUAAUGAUGCAGUUGAAUUGUGCUUGGUUAUCACAAAGGCCCCACCAGCUGAUGUUCAUCUGCUGUGGAAAGUGGUCUUCAGACUCAAUCUCCUUUGUCAAAAACUUAAGAACUACAAAAGUUUUCAUGAGAUUUUGAGAGUUGCUGUGAAAUUUGAUGUUUGUGGCAUUAGUGAUGCUUUUGCAUUGAAGUACAUGAAGCAGCUUAUGACUUUGCAACUGAAAGAACAUGAAGGUGAAAAGAAUAAACAUGAGGAACUGGAAGAAUUUGCGCUGCAACUGUUUGCUGCAGAUGCAUUCAUGAAAACACAACCACUGACUGCUGACUUCAUAACAACUGUUAUGACAUUGGCAGAGAUGUACUGCACUAUUAAGUGCCUCAAAGAAGCUAGGCAGUUAAUUGACAAGUUGGAGGCAACAUUCUUGCAUGUUUAUGGUGGAAAUGGCCCAUUCUUUGGCUUUUUACAGUAUCAAAUUGGCCACUUCAAAGUCAAGUAUUGUGAAGCCAGUGAAGCACAGAGUGCUCUCCAAAAAGCUGAGGAAAUCUUCAUUCGCUACUUUGGUAGAGGGUAUCACAUGGUUGGUUCAUGCAAGAGUGUACUGGGUACCUGCGCCUUGCACAAGGGAAACCUAAAAGAAGUGCAUCAUCAUCUGAAGGAAGCUUGCAUCUUAUUUGAAAAAUUAAAUCACCACCACCCUGAAGUAGGAGAAAUCCUUUUGAAGUUAGCUGACCUUGAGGGUAGGGCUGGAAAUUUCGAGAAUGCCAAAUUAAUCAUUGAAGAAGCAUUAGAAAUCUUCAUAUCCGCUUGUGGUAAGGUCUCACUUCAGACAGCUUCUGCUUAUCUUCAAGGUGCAUCUAUUUUGAAAAGGAAAGAAAAAUUCAUGCGUUCAGCUUUGGACAAAGUUAAGAAAGCCAAUGACAUCUUUGUGCACCAUGGCUUGCACCAUGAUCAUCCAGAUGUUGCCUUCUGCCACUAUUUACGAGGCCAGUUACUGCACUCCUUGGGUCAAGUCAAAGAGGCAGAAGAGGAGUUCCUCUUUGUACAUCAUCAGCUCUCAUCAAGGGAUGACUUGUCCAUGAAGACCAAGGUUAUUGCCCCUGAACUUUAUCGAAUGUUCUUUGUGGUAGAUGCCGAUGGCCUUGCCCUCAGAGGUUCUUGCUGUUCCCAUUUUCUUUCUCUUGUCAGUCUGGCAGAUAUGAAAACAGGAGAUGAAAAAAGAGGUCAUAUAAAAGAAAUUUUCAACUGUUUGGAAGAGCUUGACUCCACGGUCCUGACAGUUUCAGAUUAUUUGGGCAAAUAUGUGCACUGUACAUUGCAGAGAACUUUGGAGGCCAAUGUGCAGGUUUACUUCACUUUGAUUCUUAAUUCUGCUACAUCACUAGGAGAGGAUGAGUCCUUUUCAUCAAAAUACAGUGGCAAGGAAAAGAAGCAACCAGGAGAUUAUGACAAUGUGUACUUGUUGUCAUCAUGCAGUAACAAUGGAAAGGGGCCACAAUUUCUUCUCUUCUGGAAGACAUCUGAUGUCUUGGAAACAGGAGAUAUAAGCUGUGUAACCUCUUCUUUUCGUGAAAGUGUAAAACUGCUGUGUCUACAACCCAAGUUCAGAAAAACUUUCCUUGAGGGACAAGAGUUGUUCAUGAAGCUGCCAACUCAAGAGCAAUCACCUUCUGUGUCUUCUCUCUCUUCACAAAUUGACUCUCUUCCACUUUUAGUUGAGCUAGAAUUAUCAAAAUCACACAACCUGUGUGACAGCAUCGAUAGUUUUCCCACUGCAUCUGCUGUUUGGCCUUUGGCACAUGUGUCUUACUUUUCCUACAGAUUUUCAUCUUCUGAUAAGGCACUGCUUGUUUUUUAUAAAUGGUUUUCAAGUUUAGGUAGAAAACUAGAAUUGUCUGAGGUGCGUAGCAUUUCAACCCCUGAGGUCUCUCCCUCUCAGAGAAAUUGUGUAGUCCACUUUACUUUUAUUGACCCAAUCUGUGCCUCCUUGUCUCUUGCUGUUGAGGAUGGAUCUGUUCUUGUAAAAUGUCGAACUGUAAAAGAAAGUGGGUCAACUUGCAUUUGUUCCUCAGUAAGAAGUGCUUUGGAGAGCACUGCAGAAGCAUGGGAGUCUGAUGUUGUAGGAUCAGUCUUAGAGCAAAGUCUGUGGUUGCCAUGUGUAGAGGAUGGUGCUGAUUAUGGUAAAAAGCGAACAAAAUGCUAUAGUGGUUGUAAGGAUUCUCAAAUGGAGUCAUCUUCCUUCUCUGACCAAAAGUUGGAUAUACGUCCACAAACCAACUGGGAGCAAGAUUCUGAUAUACUAAAGAAAGAACCGUCUGUUGACCUGUCACAGAAUGAGGAUACCGAGUGCCCAUCAUUCACUGCCCACCCUGAUGACACGCUUGGCACAGAUGUUUGUGUACAACUUUUGGAGUGUAUUUUGAGAAACAGACAGUUAUCUUUAGAUAAACAACUUUCAGGCAUUAACAACCAAUUACAUACUACUGAUGGCACAGAAGAACAUGUCAACUCUCUGUUACUUCCUGUGUCAUCCUCAUCACUGAACUGUUUGCCUUCAAGUCAAUAUGAUGCCACAAAUGAAAAACCAGAGUUUAAGCCAGAAGCUUUUCCAUGUUUGGAGGAUGUCAUUGAGGAAACAUGUGCAGGAAAGGAGACUGGUAAUGUUUCAGACACACCAUCAACAUCACAGGCAGUGUUUUUCAACAGUCACUACUCUGAGAGUGCAGCAGAGAAGUCAAAUUGUGAAGAAGGUUUAAUUGCAGAUAAUCAUCCUAGCCCAGAAACCAAGGAAAAUUUGCUACCAAAUGUAAUUCCUCAAGAGGCCUUCAGUGUUAAAGGGGUUGGUACAUGCUUCCACAAAGAGGAGUCUAGGGAGGACCAAGGAAUAGAAAUUGAUCAGAGUCCUGGACCUUCAUUUACUACAGUUGGAAGGGAGAAUGACAGAGGGACUGUUGCCAUUAAUGGCCUUGUUUGUGAAUUGCAAGGUGAAGUUGCCUUCUACCAGGAUCAAUGUCGUAAACUAAGAGAAGAAGUGGUAGAGCUGAAAGAGAAGUGGAAGCUCUCUGAAGAUGAAAAACAAGACCUUCAAGCUGAAGUAGGAAGACAGUUGUUUCUAGAAAGCAAAGAAAAGCGAUCCAUCAAGAUUUAUCAGCCCCCCAGUGAACAUGCCAGUAGGACGAGUAUGCCUGGUAGAGUAAGAGGUGCAUCUCAUGACUUCUCAGUUAUGGGGGCUAAACUGCUUGGUGGUGCGGGUCCUUUAAACAACUCAGGUUUCUUAUUUCAACAAAGACUUCAGGAGAUCUCAAAUUCAUUAUCAGAAUUGGAAUUAAGCAGAAUCAAGAGCCUUGUUCGACCUUUAUUGGAUUGCCUUAGACUUGCCAGGAUCAGGGAGGGUUCUGAGUUGUUUGAGGAAUUGGAAAGAAAAGGGGAACUUUCCUGUUCCUUUGUUAGAGAUCUCCUGAGAAGAAUCCAUCGUUUUGAUCUUGUAGAGAAACUUGCUGUACCUUUUCACAAUGGUGAUGAAUCAUACAGAGGGGAGUCUUAUUUAUCUCAAGAGAAAAAUCAACAGAAUGAAGGGUCUGAAAGUGUUUCUGGUGUUGAUGGUAAGCAGGCUGAUGAAGUGGAAGAAUGGAAUGACAUUUUUGACAACACUGAAGAUGAUGGAGAGGUCCAAUUUUCCAACAGUUCUAAUAUAAACCCAUUUAACAGUGAUAGUGAAGUUGCUGCUAUUACUUUUCAUGCAGAGAUCAUAAAUGAAUCAAGUUUUGUAGACAUGGAUUUGUCAAAGGAAAGAUGUGACUCAGCCUCAAGCUUGUCUCAGUCAUUUGAUGUGCCAAGUAUUGGAGUGGUAUCCGAAGAGAGGUCUCAGUCACUUUCAGUUACAGGUGAACAAUUUGAAAGUGGAGAGCUGAAAGGAGCAUGUGGUGCUGGAAAUGAAAGGGGCAGGGAAGGCUCAAAUGAAUCCUCUCUUCAUGAUGGUGCAGAGCAACAGUUCAAUUUUAAUCAUCAUUUCAAUGACAUUGUAGAUGGUGCUGUUAACUUACCAGAUAGAGCCCAACAUAGUUUAAUGCUAGAAGACUUUACUGGUGAGAAUCAAGAUUCUCUUCCUUAUGGAGACACAACACAGAGGCAAAAUGUUUCAGGUGCAAGGAUCACUGUUAAAUAGGACAGGGCUGUUGAUCAG